AUGGAAAUUUCGGCUUCAUUUUCCCGCAAGAAACAGACUUCCGAGAAUAAUGAGAUGAGAGGACGAAAAACGUACGCAAUUCGAACAAUCUAUCGGAAUUUUUCAUUCAGAAUUCAAUCGAACGGAAGAGGAGAAAACAAAGGGACAGGUCAGGGAGGAGAUGACAUUUCGGGUGUAUGCCAUAGCUAUUCGAGGUCAAAUGAAUCAACCCUUCUACCUCCUCUUUGCCCCUCCUCCCACAUUCCCCUGUGUACCAUACCGCACGACCUUGAGCAAACACAUUCUUUUUUCUGUUCGGAAUUAUUUCACUUCAACAUUUACCCCUGUAUUCUCCAGAACACAAAUUCCGUUAACAGUGAUGACAAAGUGAAUGAAAAGAAAGUAAUGCUGUCAGAAAUAUUCACCCAAGAAUAUCGUCUAUGGAAAAAGGAGCAGACUGUACUUUGUGCCACAAUGACCUCGUUAUAA